AUGCCCUCUCAGACUCAGCCUCUUUAUGCUUUCAAUCUUCCGUUUGAAGUAUGGCAGCACAUCUCGUCGUUUCUUUCUGUGGAUGAAGUAUGGGUGCUACAAGGUUUGAACCGUAUGUUGCGGGGUAUUGCACUGGAUACGCGAUUUCGAUGCAUCAAAGUGAAUCUUUCGCCGCAGCACCCUGCGAGCUACGCGAGGCGCUUUCGAUUUUUAGGGGAAGAUCACAUAGCAAAGCGUGUCAAAGAGAUCCAUUUUCUGCCCCAUGUUCCUCAAGAUCCCUUUGACGUGAAGGGACCUCGCCAUAAAAGUGAGAUGAGGACAAGUAGGUCUCAAUUCAAGGGAAUCUUCGAGGAUGUCGUUUCGCCCGAGUCAAAUUUCAUUGUCACUACCAUCGCACGUUUUAAGAAAGCGUCACUUUUGCGCAUCGAAGCCAGCUACGACACACGCUUGCGUCCCCCGGUUCUCCAGCUUAUACACGGAAGUCUUCGAAUUUUGGCCAAUACCAUUCGUAAUCUGACCCUCAUGGUUUCUUUCGACAUGAUGUCUACCAUCAUUUUGCCAGAUCUUGUUCUGACUCGACUGGAAGCUCUUGAAAUCGUACCUUUGAUACUGGAACGGCCCAAUAAUCAGAGCGAAAUUUUGACCCUUUACUCCAACACAUUGAAGGCGACACUAUUACCCUUUGUCAAUCGCCACCGUCUUACAUUGAAAUCUUUCAAUUUUGUUCCUCAGAAAACCCAAAUGCUCUGGAUCUCCUCAAAGUCCAAAUGCAUGGCACAUUUCAAUAUGUCUCUGCUAUUCGAGGGCAUAAACCAUAUUCCACACUUGGUAUAUUUAUCUGUCAGUGUCCCCGCUACCACGUCUACCAACGAUGCCACCCAGCGAUUCUUUGCUCUACACUCUCAAUCCCUCCGCCAUCUACAGAUUUCCAUGGCUCACAUGUCUGUUCCCAACUACUUGACCUUCCUGGAACGAUUCGAAGUCCCCUUACCCCAACUCGAAGUUCUCACUCUUGAUUGCGGCUUUCGGUCACGGAGUCUCAUUGCUGAUCCAGCUCUCCCAAAAUUCCUCGGCCAAUAUGCUUCAAACUUAAUCAGCCUCAAACUUUUAAAAAAACAACUGGGGAAGUGCGAGAUUUUUUCCCUAUUUGAAAUACCGCAUGGGUCGCCUGUGGUUUACAACAAGCUCCGACGGCUCGAGGUCUGCCUGUACUGCUUGACACCAGAAAUCAUAGACAUGCUGGCGUGCUCAUUGCCUGCGCUCGAAGAACUCGAUAUCGCCGUUCGCAUUUUCAAAGGAGAAACCGCGUCAAACAAUGGAAGGAACCAGGUACUUUUUGCGUGGAAAUGUGUGCUCGUAAUUACAGAUGUGACUGCCGCCCUGCGGCUCGUCACCCAGUUUCUAGAGUCUCUGCUCUGA